CCACCGUAGUCGCAAGGGAGAUUACGCAAGAAAUGUGACGUACGCUUGUCGCGCGUGGGCUGGACCGUGAGUUGGAGAAAGGGAAUGUCGGUCGGUGAGAGAUCGGUUACAGAGGCGGCCGGGAGCGUCAACAGAAUGGGUGAGAAUUUAAACCUUGAGGGGUACGUGGGAUUCGCAAAUCUCCCCAACCAAGUGUACAGAAAGUCUGUGAAAAGGGGCUUUGAGUUCACUCUCAUGGUCGUCGGAGAAUCAGGUUUGGGAAAGUCUACACUCAUCAACUCCCUGUUCCUGACAGACUUGUAUUCACCAGAGUAUCCCGGACCCUCUCACAGAAUCAAGAAAACUGUUCAGGUGGAGCAGUCCAAGGUGCUGAUAAAAGAGGGUGGAGUUCAACUGCUGCUCACCAUCGUGGACACGCCAGGCUUCGGAGAUGCCGUUGAUAACAGUAACUGCUGGCAGCCUGUCACCGACCACAUUGACAGCAAAUUUGAGGAUUACCUCAACUCGGAGUCACGCGUCAAUAGACGCCAGAUGCCCGACAGCCGAGUGCACUGCUGUCUGUACUUCAUCGCUCCCUCUGGUCAUGGACUGAAACCACUGGAUAUUGAGUUCAUGAAACGGUUACAUGAAAAAGUGAACAUCAUCCCGCUCAUCGCAAAAGCAGACACACUGACUCCAGAGGAGUGCCAACAGUUCAAGAAGCAGAUAAUGAGAGAGAUCCAGGAACAUAAGAUCAAAAUCUAUGAGUUUCCAGAGACUGAUGAUGAGGAGGAGAGCAAGCUGGUGAAGAAGAUUAAGGACCGUCUGCCCCUGGCUGUGGUCGGCAGUAACACCAUCAUUGAGGUUAAUGGGAAGCGUGUACGAGGGAGGCAGUACCCCUGGGGCGUGGCAGAAGUUGAGAAUGGGGAGCACUGUGACUUCACAAUCCUACGAAACAUGCUCAUCAGAACUCACAUGCAGGAUCUGAAGGACGUGACCAACAAUGUCCAUUAUGAGAACUAUCGCAGUAGGAAGCUGGCGGCUGUUACUUACAACGGCAUAGACAACAACAAGAACAAAGGCCAACUCACAAAAUCUGACUCAGUUGAAGGCAUUAGGAGCCCCCUGGCACAGAUGGAGGAGGAGAGGAGAGAUCAUGUGACAAAGAUGAAGAAGAUGGAAAUGGAGAUGGAGCAGGUGUUUGAGAUGAAGGUCAAGGAGAAGAUCCAGAAACUCAGAGACUCUGAGGCAGAGCUGCAGCGGCGUCAUGAACAGAUGAAGAAGAACCUGGAGGCCCAACACAAGGAGCUGGAGGAGAAGAGACGUCAGUUGGAGGAGGAGAAGGGCAACUGGGAGGCCCAACAACGCAUGCUGGAGCAGCAGAAACUGGACGCUUCCAGGACCUUGGAAAAGAACAAAAAGAAAAAGAUAUUUUAAACCACUUGGACCAUCACCACAUUCUAGUUGCCAAUUAUACCAGCCUGGACCCUCAGUCAGUCUGUCGACCAAAAUCCUACAUUUAUAUAAAGCCCCAUGUUUAGUUUUUUUGUGGGGACAGUGUGCCUCUGCACUCCCCGCUGACCUGGAAACAUUUAACACUGUCCACACAUUAUGCUCUUUUUACGCAUCGGUUCAUUUGCCAGACCUCACAGAAACUGAGAGCGCAGAAGCGCACUUAAUCUAUAAUACAUAAAAACUUCUCAGAGAUAUGCAAUAUUGUACGAAACAUUGUUUUGAAUUUGUAAUACGUCAAAUUUCCCUCUUGCAUCAUGUGUUUGUUUAGUGUUUUUAGAUCCAGAGGUCACUUCCUCCUCUCCAACUGCAUAUUGAUUGGUCACUUCAAUAAAACCUAAAGGCUGAAUCUUACCUCAGGCAUUUCUGUCCUUUAAACAA